AUGCCAGGGAAACUAUACUUUACAAUCCACAAGAACGAGGGACAGACGAAAUUGGAAAUAUUGAAGCAUCGCGAUAUAUUCUUUUUCUCAAGCACUCAUCAUGAAGCUUACAUUCCUUUUUGUCAUGACUUUGGUCCUGUCAAUCUCGCUGAGGUCUACUUGUUCUGCAAGUUCGUUGAGGAAAAGCUUUUGGAUCCCAGGCUGAAAUCAAGGAAACUUGUGUAUUAUGCAGAGAAGGAUCCUCCUUACCGGACAAACGCUGCCUUCUUGCUUGGCGCUUUCCUUGUUAUCGUUCAAAGAUGGUCUCCCGAUCGAGUCGCAAAAUGCUUCUCGGGCUUUGAGAAGAAUGCGUUCAUCCCUUUCCAGGACGCCACCUACGAGAUCCCGUCGUUCACCAUCUCGCUGUUGGACUGUUUCAAAGGGUUAAGGAACGCGAUGACCAUCGGCUGGUUCAACUAUCACAGCUUCGAGGUGCAGAAAUACCAGUGGCUUGACAACCCGGCCAACUUCGACGCGCACUUCGUCUGCCCCAAGUUUCUGGCCUUUCGUGGGCCGAACAACUCGGACACUAGGACGAGGACGAUCCAGGAGUACUCGGCUCUCUUCAAGAAGCGCGGUAUAUCAGCCAUCAUCCGCCUCAACGAGCCGACGACCUACGACAGGGAGGAGUUCAUCAGCCACGGCCUCCGCCACUAUGACCUCUACUUCGACGACUGCACCACCCCGCCAAGGGACAUCAUAGACAAGUUCUUCGACAUCUGCGACAGCGAGAAUGGCACCAUUGCGAUCCACUGCCUGGCCGGGCUGGGCAGGACUGGGACCCUGGUGGCCUUGUGGGUGAUGAAGAACUUGGGAUGGGGAGCGCGAGAGACGAUAGCAUGGCUGAGGAUCAACCGUCCUGGCAGCGUCAUCGGGAAGCAGCAGCAAUACCUGGUUGCAUGUGAGCAAGCGAUGAUUAGGGGAGAACCACUGCCGGAGGUGGAGGAGGAGGAUUUUAAGUCAGACGCCCUGUCAGCCAAGGUACUUGGAAAGCAAGUGUCCGAGGCCUCCUCGAAGCGAAGGCUUUCUUUGAUGGCCCCACACUUGAGUUCGGCACUUUGA